CGCAGUGGAUAGUACUCAGAUUUGUUAGAAAUUGUGUAUUUUGCAUCAUUGAGGAUGAUUGUCAUCCAGAACGUGGGGCCCAGCUCCCCUGCGAGGAUCAGGAGACAGUGGGUGAGAAGGAUUCAGUGGGGUGUCCUCUUUGGGCUGAUGGUCCUCAUUUAUGGCUCUCACGCACCGCUCAUCACUCUCACCAAGGUGGAUGGUCAAAUCCCUUUCAACCCCUCGUCAUGUGUUGUCAUGAUCGAGUUAGCCAAACUCCUGAUUUCUCUGGCGACUCUCGUUCUAACUGGAGGCACCUCCGCCUUACUUGCCCCUCCAUCUCUUGUCCUUGUGGCCCCCUAUGCUGUCCCUGCCAUACUGUACGCCCUCAACAACAACCUGGUGGUUUUCAUGCAGGCCUACAUGGACCCAAGUUCAUACCAAGUCCUGUCUAACUUAAAAAUUGCCUCCACUGCUCUGCUGUACUCCCUCUGCCUGGGCAAGAGGCUCCGGCCUGCUCAGUGGUUCGCUCUGGGACUUCUUAUGUGUGCAGGCGUGUGCCACACCUACAGCAGCCUGGAUCUAGGAGACCCUGAGAGGGCUGAAGCCGAGGAAGGUCCCAGGCUUUAUAUCACAGCAUGGGGUCUUUUCCUUGUGCUGGUGUACUGCUUUGUUUCAGGCCUGGCAGCGGUGUACACAGAGAGGGUGCUGAAGAGCCAGAAGCUACCCCUCAGCUUGCAGAAUCUCUACCUCUAUGUGUUUGGCGUGGCCAUCAAUGGACUCUCCUCCUUCUCCUCUGCAGGGAGUGAAAAGAGCUUUCUGGAGGGAUACUCUGGGGUGGUUUGGCUCAUUAUCGCCGGGCAGGCAGCUAACGGACUCCUGAUGUCCGUGGUGCUCAAACAUGGCAGCGGGAUCACCAGACUGUUUGUCAUUUCCUGCUCCAUGCUGGUUAAUGCUCUCAUGUCUUGGGCCAUCUUAGGGCUGCAGCUCACACCUUUUUUCCUCCUUCCCGUUUCCAUGAUUGGACUGGCAGCUUACCUUUAUUACAGAUAACAGGGUCUCCAACAAACAAACCACACAGCCCACAGAAGCCCAAAAAUAACUCGACUCAUUACAGUCCACCGACAGUACAACCUCUGUGAUCUAGUUUUAAAGUUUCAGAUGUGAUUAUUUUUCUUCUGCCUUUCUGUUUAUCUGCCUUCUCACUUUGACAUCCAGAACUCAACACAUGUAUUUUCAUUGGUAACUAAUAAUGUCAGCUGAUGCCAAAUGUGUCAAUUUAAAACCAGUUGCCAAAACAAAUGUUGUCAAUGAAUGUUCAUGCAAACCACAGAUAUUGACAUUCUGUGAUUCUUUAUGCUUAAUUAUAUGUUGUUGACAUCACUGCGCUAAAAGUCUGGUUGGGUUUAGGCACAAAAACCAUGUUGUUAGGAAUAGAUCGUGUUUUAGCUCAACAGGUUCACAAACAGAAAAUAUACCAGAUUUUCAGCGGCAGUUUUGUUGCCACUAAAAGUACCAUCCCACAUGAAACUGAUUGUUGAUAUGAUAGCUUAGCUUGGUAUGAAGCGUACAAAUUUAACAGGUCCAUGGUUUGCAUUAAUGUACAAUGGCAACAUUUUAUUCUGGCGAUUGAGCUGCAUAAUUUACAUCACUUAUUUAGUUUGACUUAUAGUUCUGUUACACUGUUGCAAGUAAAUUGAAAUAAAAAUGCAGGUCUGGAUUAUGAUAUCUUCAGGGGAACAUUCCUGAAGAAUGCUGCUAUUGUCAUCUUUUGUUUUGAAUUUUCUGCCAAGAACAAUGUCAAAGAUAAUAUCAGAGUGUUAUACAAGUGUGUUAAUGGAAACCAAUAAACUGUCAAAAACG